AUGGAGAAGCUAAAAGAGGAGUUUGACGGAGUGAAGACUGUCAAACUCCUAACUCUUAAAAGAGAAUUUGAGAUGACAAGGAUGAAGGAAGGAGAUACUGUGAAAGACUACUCUGCCAAACUUUUAGAGAUUGUAAAUAAAAUCAGAUUAUUUGGUGGAGUCUUUCCAGAUUCAAAGGUGGGGGAGAAGAUGAUGAUAAACUUUCCAGCAAGGUUUGGGUCCAAGAUUUCAGUAAAAGAGGAAUCUUGUGAUUUGAAGACUUUAUCGAAGCAGUUAGGCGAUCGCAAGUUGCAAGCCCAAGAACAAAGAUCAAGUAUAAGAGAUGAAGAAGUAGCAGAAGUGGCAUUUCAAGAAAAGCAUAAAGGCAAGCAUCCUAUGAAGGACAAUAAAAUGAUGGAAGGAGAUAAAGUAGCAAAAGGGAAAACAUGGAAGGAAUCUUUCAAAGAAAGGGAAGUUUCCACCUUGCAACCAUUGUCACUUGAGAAGAAUUAUAGGGUCAAGCAGAACCAACCACAACAAAACCAUUUGCAACAGGCAAAUUUUACUGAAGAGUCAGAAAAGGAAGAAAAAGUCUUGUUUAUGGCUUCUCAUGAAGAAAACACAACCAACAAAUCCACAUGGUUCACAGGUAGUGGAUGUACGAGUCAUAUGUCACACAAUGAGCUUCUGUUUCACACACUUAACAAGUUAAUUAGAACUAAAUUCAGGAUGGGAAAUGGUGAAACAGUAGAAGCACAAGGGAAGGGUUCAGUUGCCUUUCAGACUAAACAAGAAAUGGUGAAUAAAAUCUUUCCUUUAGACGAGAAUCUUGAUAGUGCCAAUUUUGCAAGUUUGGACGAUUCAUGGUCGUGGCACAAAAGAUAUGGGCAUUUUAACUGUGCUACUUUAAAGUCUAUGUAUGAAAAGGGCUUGACGAAGGAUUUACUUGAGAUCUCAUUGUUACGGUUCACUUUUAUGCAAGUGCAUAAAAGCUACUGA